UCGUGAUAUAUAAAUUUUACGAACAUUCGGUGAAAAUACAAGUUAAUUGUUUUUGCGAAAUUUAUUUCUAAUCCUGCGUAUAAGCGAGAUGUCGUAAGUGUCCUUUGAUGGAGGAAUAGAAUGAAGAUAAUACAGACAACAAGUGAGAGGAAAAUCAUAAAAUUGUAAAAAUUUUGCAUUUAAACGACGAUUUUGUGCUUUUAUGUACAAUGAAAUUUUAUCAUAUAAAAUGUAUAUUUAAUUGAAAUCUGCCGUCGACGGAAAGUGAGGAGAAGUUAGCAUGAGGAUAGUCUGCGUUAUUCCGGUCUCGAUAAAUCGAGACAUUUUUACGAUUCCCAAAUGCCAUUCGAGAAAACUUAUGCACUCGAGGAUGCAAGCAGUCAGAAUGACCGAAGCAAGCGAGGAGUCGUGUUCAGUGAAAGCUCUAAUCAAUAAGUUAGGGCUUGAGGGAUUCUGAAUUCGUUGAUCGUUCGAGGAAGAAAUCUUCGUUGCAAGGAUGUAGGGGGGGCCCAUACACGGGGCCCCAGUGAGGGUUUCCUCUCGAACAGUUUGAACGUAUUAAUACCAAAGAAGAUUCUUCAUAGAUCCACCAUACUCGUAUUAAAACAGAGAGUUGGAGAGCGAGAGAAAGAGAAAGAAAGAUAUUCCUCCUGUGAUAUCACGAGUUUGCAACAGAUCUUAACCAGCGUCAACAUAUUGUCAAGAGGAAUGACCAGCAGUCGGAGAAUGUUACGUGUCAACUUUUUUUUUAAAGAAUACGAACUGCUAGUUUUCUUGUCUAUCUUAAUUGUUAAUCGGUGUAACGUAAAUAUAACAGCGUUAUUAGCUAAUUAUUAGUGAAAUUCAAAGUUUCCGGGGGCAAUUCUCGUUCGGUUCUAAUCGAAGUGUGAAGAAAACUGUGUCAAAUUCGAAAUCUUGACUCAGGGAAAUCUAAAAAUUAGAGAAAAAAAAUGUUAAUGUUUAUAUCUAAGGAAACGUGGGUGUUGUUAGUGAAAAAUAUCGGUGCGAAAUGAGAUGCGAGGAUGCAAUGGGAAGGAUGGCAUGCGAUAACAACAUUAAUAUCGGCGAAUUAUUUUUUCGAUGAUGAUGAGGCGAUUGCACUUAUCUUCGAUUUUAAUCGCGUCAAGAUUCGCCUGAAGCAUCGCUCCCUCCUUAUAAUCGAAUAAACCAGCAAUCAUCGCCGAAGUCAGCAAAAAUGGUCGAUCUGGGAGGAUAUAUUAUCAUAUUGAUCAACCACAAUGACAAGAUCAAACUGUACGGUUCUCCGGCCGACAACGCGGAUACGCUGGAAGUGGCUGAUGAAAUUUUACAAGUUAACGGUAGCACGUUGGAAAAUGCCAGUCAAUCCGAAGUUAUUCAAUAUAUAUAUCAGUGCAUCGAGUCUCGAACGAUAUGUCUGCGAGUGCGGAGAAGAAGCGGAAACAAGAUGGUAGAGCUGGACGGGUUCAACGCUGGUCGGGUUCGAGAAGCUUGGGUCAUCGCCGUCGAAAGGCGUGCAAAGGAACGAUUGCAGCGGCUGGCAUCUCACUGGAGAAUCCAACCGCGGGAUAUCCAAGCGAUUCUGCAUCAGCAGAUCAACGAGGCAGUCGCGUCGACGAGCGGGGACAGCGCGGGCAAAAAUGUGACGGGCAACCAAAUUACCGUGACGCUUGCCGACAAGGAGCCGAGCACGAAUGUCUUCACCACCAAGCUCAGCAACGGUAGCAUUCCUAAAGGGCUAGGGAAAGACGCGAAGGAAAUUCGAGGAGCGAAGGAGGAAAGAACAGAGAAACAACAACAACAGCAGCAGCAACAACAACAACAACAACAGAGCUCUUCCGAGGAGACGAAACUUUUGACACCGGUGCAGGGCGGAAGGGUCGGGGAACGACGUGCCAGCAGCCCUUUCCAAAAUGGUCAGACAGAAGUCCUGAUCGGAGAAGUGGAGGGCGGCCCAAGGUCGCCGCGGGGAUCCACGUCUUCGGCGGUGAACGACGCCAAUUUCCUGGGUCCACCGGAUGAACGCGACGGAAACAAGCCCAUUUGCAGGUCCCGAAGGCGUAGCGGCAGUGGCUUGACGGACACACACUCGCAGCAACAGCAGCAGCAACAGCAGCAACAACAGCAAGUGCAGGAGAAUAACAACACCAGCUCGAAGAAGGGGCAGGAAGGGUUGGGCCCGGAUGAGAUGUGGGCCCCUGGCGGGCUAGGGCCUCACCGGGAGCUACCAGUCGACGUGCCCGACACCCUUCUUCAAAAGGCCUAUCCCAACAAGGUAAACAGCCGCUCGUCCGAUUUCAGGAACGAGCUUCUUCGUUCUCCACCCCGUAGCGCUAGCGACCUCGACCUCUCCCUAAACCUUAAAAACGACACCCUUAAAAAAUCGCCGCCGCCGCCGCCGCCUCCGCCUCCGCCGCCGCCGCCGCCGCCGCCUCCACGCAUCAACAACCUAGAGAACCGCGCUAGAAUCGAUCCGAACAGCGAACCGGCCGUCAGGAACGGUCAGCCGCCGAUGCUCAAGAUCGAGCUGAAGAUCGAGAACUGCCUCGAGGACGAGGAGGAGAGAAUCGCGAAGGAGGUGGACAGGUACGAUACAACUACCGAUUUUAACCCUCCUUUCAAAGAUUUCGAGGACGAGGACGAGGAGGAGGAGGAGGACGAGGAGGAGGAGGAGGACGAGGGGGUGAACGAGGAGGAAGAGGAGGGGAAUACGGGGGCAACGGAAGGGCAGAAGGAGUCGAGCGUCGAUCUCGACGCGGAGGAGGAUUACCCGUUCGCGAAGGAGGAUUAUCCGACCAUGUUGAAGACUUGCAGCGACGACUCGGCCAGCCCGAGAAGCUCCUCCGGCCGAUCGGACAGCACCGCCCCCCUCGACACCAGCCUGGUGCUGAGACACGCGAAGUCACGUGGCAAAGGCUCGCCCACUUACGACGCAAGGCGGAUAGAUCUCGGCUCCCCUUGCCGGGGACCCGUCGUCCCGGAGAUCAAGGUGGCGCCACUCUACCAGAGGACCACUACCGCCACCAGCGCCAAUAACAACACGAACACAAACACGACCACCUCGUUCGACAACCCCGCCUACGGUUUGGCCGAUCUUCAGGAUCUGCAAGGAUUUCUGAUGAGAUCGGACGAGGUGUCCGACCUGACUCGAUUGAUCGACGCCGAGCAAUGCCCCACCAUCCCAAGAAUCCCGCGUGCCACCGAGCAAGACGUUGUUGCGUCUCUGGUCUCGUGUCCCUCUCGCGGCAAGCAGGAUAAGUUGAAGUCGGACGCGAGUUGUCCAUCGAUCGUUCCGACGAGCAAAUCGACCGUCGGCAAGAAGCAGCAGCACCAGCAGCAACAGUCGUCGUCGAGCGGCGGCCACCACCAUCAUCACCAGCACCAUCACCACCACCACCACCAUCACCAUCAUCAUCAUCGGUCGAAGCAGAAGGGGGGGAGAGGCGUGGAAGCGGAGGAGUCGCUGAUACGCGCGGGCUCGAGCGAUGACCUGGCCGGCAUCGAGUCGGGCAGCAGCCUCUCCUCGUCCUCGAGGCGGCAGCACCAGCACCAGCAGCAGCAACAACAGCAGCGGCCGAAGAAGAAGAGGCAUCAACAAAUCUCGAGCGGCUACUCGACCCUGAGGAGCGACGCGUCCACCGUCGAUCUCGAGCACGUGGACCGUGGUAGCUUCCUGGUGGUCGGCGGCAAAGCCUAUCGCGAGGUGGCCGUCGACUGCCCCCCCGACUUCGUCCCCGUCGCCAAACGCCACCCCGUCUAUCCCCCGCCGAACAAGAACGGGAACAAGAACGCCGCGUCGCUGUUACGACACCCGAAACGCGACGGUGGUGGUGGUGGUGGUGAUGGUGGUGGUAAUAAUAUUAAUAAUAAUAAUAACAACAACAACAACAACAACAAUAAUAAUAAUAAGAUGGUAGUGAACGGGGACGAAGGGGGGGCGGGUAUCGUGCGCGCGAAGUACGAUCGUAGUAAUAGGUUUCAACUUGGUGGCAAGCCUGUUACGGAUCUCGUACUCGACCCCUCCUCGAACAAGGUAAGAAGGUCCAAAGUGAAGAGUAUGCUUUUCCAACGCUUCCUUUGCACUCUCGUCGCCACGCAUCACCCCGCGCCACGCUGCACGCUUCCGCACGCAACCACGCCUCGCGCCACUAAUCGCUCUUGCUCUAACCGUUCGAAAUUGACGGGCGAGGAGGGGAAUGAGGGGGAAGAGGAGGAGGAGAAGGAAUACGAUUCGUGGUCGGUCCACUCCUCUCCCUGCCUCCACGAAACCGACCGUUGCACCGUUGUCCGUUUUUCGAACGGCAAGGAUGAGGAGGGGGGGAGGCUCUCCUUCCUUCUCGCCUCGACUCGAGGAAGAGGAGGAGGAGGAGGAAGAGGAAGUAGAAGUCGAGAAACGGACGAGAAUUGUCGCAACUCGUUGCGCGAGUUGUCUCUCGCGCAUGCGCAAAACAGGACCAACUCGAGGCUGUCGCUCGAGUACCACGGCCGUUGUUCCAAGCUCGAUCCCGAGGCGGUCUCCUUGCUCGAGCUUGGCGGAUCGAAUCGCGGGCUCGAAUUCGCCGAGUCGAGUUUGAUCUCGCGGUCGAACUCGUGGGAAAACUCGGUGGGAUGGAGAGAAGAGGAGCCGGAUCGGGGGAGAAGGAGGAUAAUACGUACGUACGGCUCGCGCCAUCGCUACUACGAUCGUCAACGACAGCUUGCCGAGGUAAAUCAGACCGGUCUGAACGGGGUGAAACCUGCCAUCCCCCCGAGAGAUCAAAAGAGGGCACCUGCCAGACCGCCGAAAGAUAACCUACGUUUGUCCACGCAGAACAAUAACGUGGACAUCACCGAUAACGCGAAUGCCGAGCCUACGCAACAACAACUGCAUUCCAUCAGAAAAUACCAGGAGCAGCUACGCAAACGAAAAGAUGAGGAGGAGAGGCAGGAGAUACUCAAUCGAUCGUUACGCGGAUCGAAAAAGCUGCAAGCUCUGGAGAGCCACGCGACCAGCCUCUCGGGCCAAGAAAAUCUCGCAUACACGCAGGACGAGGUGACCACCGUCGGCCGUCCAACGCACGUCACCACGCAAGAAGUAGAGGAGCCUCCCAGGCCCCUCACAUACGGAGAGGUCGUCGCGACGUUGGAGAGGCUACAGCUUCAGUUGCGCAAUAUUUCCGGUGCUCUAGGCAUUUCGGGGCCGGGUGUCGAAGCCGAACUCGAAGCGGUGCGAACUCUUCUGGUGCAAAGUCGAUUCGCAUCUGCGCUCGCCACCCACCACAUCCUCAGAAAUCGUUUAAGAUCGAACAAAGUUUUGAAACAUCACACCGAGGACGCCUCCACUUUAGCACGAGACUGUGUGGACAUUCUGGAGAAAUGGCAGUCCUCGUCGACAGCAACAGGUGUCGGUGGAGCGGAAACGAUCGCCGCCGUCGAGGAACUGACAGGAAUUCUGACGAGCUACGACAUGGAGGCCCUCCUCCUCACCCACGACUCCAUCAUCUCGUACGUGGAUGGACUGCAGAGGAAACAGAGCCCCUCGUCCUCGUCGCCGAGCGGUCCACCGAGCCCGACCUCCAGCUGGAGAGGCUCCCGGGUCGUGGACAACAUUAAGAUUAUCAGAAUCGAGAAAACCAACGAGCCUCUCGGCGCUACGGUCAGGAACGAGGGUGAUGCGGUUAUAAUAGGGCGUGUCGUGCGAGGAGGCGCGGCCGACAAGUCUGGACUUUUGCACGAGGGGGACGAGGUUCUCGAGGUGAAUGGCGUGGAAAUGCGUGGCAAAAGCGUAAACGAAGUGUGCGAUAUUCUGGCUGGUAUGCAGGGCAGUCUAACCUUUCUCGUGCUCCCGGCGCCCACGAGUCACAGGAACAAUUUGUCGAAUAGAAGGGAAGAUACGAAUCAGAUACAACACAUACGGGCCCACUUCGAUUACGAUCCCGAGGAAGAUCCUUAUAUACCGUGCCGGGAAUUGGGUGUCAGUUUUCAGAAGGGUGACGUGUUGCACGUGAUCUCUCAAGAGGAUCCUAAUUGGUGGCAAGCGUAUCGGGAGGGUGAAGAGGAUCAAACACUGGCUGGUUUGAUACCAAGCAAAGCCUUCCAGCAUCAGCGAGAAUCGAUGAAGCAAACUAUCGCCGGUGAUAAAUCGACCGUGCGCGGUUCCAAGAAAUCUAGCACGUUGUUGUGCGCUAGAAAGAAUCCAAAGAAGAAGAAACGGAACAAGUUUGGGGCGAACUACAACGACGACGGGUAUCCGCAUUACGCAACGACUGCCAUCGACGAUUACGACAGCGAGGAGGUACUUACUUACGAGGAAGUGGCGUUGUACUAUCCUAGAGCGAAUCACAAAAGACCGAUAGUGCUGAUAGGGCCACCAAAUAUCGGGCGACACGAGCUGAGACAGAGGCUGAUGCACGACAGCGAGCGUUUCGCUGCUGCUAUUCCUCACACGAGUCGUCCAAGAAAGGACUCGGAAGUGGACGGACAGGACUACCAUUUCAUCUCUCGUUCUCAAUUCGAAUCCGAUAUACUUUGUCGAAAGUUCGUCGAGCACGGAGAAUACGAGAAAGCCUAUUACGGCACCUCCGUCGAAGCUAUACGAUCCGUAGUAAACUCUGGUAAAAUUUGUGUUCUUAAUCUGCAUCCGCAGAGCUUGAAGAUAUUGAGAAAUUCGGACUUGAAACCGUACGUGGUAUUCGUCGCCCCGCCAAGUUUGGAGAAACUUCGCCAGAAGAGGAUCAAGAAUAACGAGAGUUUCAAGGAGGAGGAGUUGAAGGAUAUUAUAGAGAAGGCGCGGGAAAUGGAGGAUAAAUACGGGCAUCUGUUCGACAUGAUCAUCAUAAACACGGAUACGGAUAGAGCGUACAAUCAGUUGCUGACGGAGAUCAACUCGUUGGAGAGGGAGCCUCAAUGGGUGCCUGCUUCUUGGGUUCAGUAAAGAAAGAAAAAAGAGAAAGAGAAAAAUUAUAUGGAACGAAGCAAGGUUUUUUUUUCGAAACACCAAGCCAAAUUUCGCUGAGACAGCGGAAAAGGCCAGUAAUAUCGAGAGAGGCGGGUUUAAAGUCUGAUUUGGAAAAAAAAAAAAAAAGUCGCUUUCCAAGGACCUGGUUCUUUUACUGGUGCCUGUUAUAUACAUUUUAACGUUUCGUACACGCGCGCGCGUUAAUUAAACGAUGAUUCCUGAUGCCAGGCUAUCGUACUCCAAGUACCGCUGGUGUAGUCUUCCGUGUCGUAUAUAUGGUGCCAUCUGAAUAUUCGAAGAUCGUCGUCAGCAAGAGAGAUCGUCAUUGUACAAAGGGCGUCGAAAAUUCGCGUGAUUUCUCGUUCCUCGAUUUACGUUGUUCGUACGGGGGGGAUUCUUCUGAGAGUUUAAGGUCGAAUCUCGGAGGAAUCGUUGAGGAUCGUGACGCUCGUUUUUUCACCCGUCAUCAGCCGUAACGCUCUGGUUUCUCCCGAGGAUUUUACUCUGCAUAAUUUAUACCGAUGAUGAGACGUCCCGGGGAAAAAGUUGCUACUACUUUUGCGUAUAUAAGAUAUAUUAUAUAUAAAACAUUUUCCCAAAGAAUAUGUGAACUUUUGAGAGAGAUCAUUCUUCUCUUCUCUUCAAAAAAAAAAAAAAAUCACCAGAUUUCUCCAGGAUACACCGAGCCCCCGAAAGGAAAAAGGAAAACGAAAAUAAUAAUAAAAAAAUAAAAAAAAAAUGAAAAAAAAAAAAAAUGAAACGAAAACGCGAAAAUCUUAUAAAUCUUACGAGAGCAGCCUUUUCACUCGCAAAGACACGAAAGACUUUUCGCGUUGUCACAAUUUUCACGAUAAAAUCCUCCUCCCAAGGAGAGCGCGUUCUUAUCGCUGAGUUUUUUAAGUCGAAAGAAAAAAAAAAAAAAAGAAAGAAAAAGAAAUAUUUCGCAAGACUUUGCAAGUUGUUAACGUAAACCACGUUUCCUCCACGUAUUCGUAAUUUUUGUGUGAAACUAGUAAUUUCGAAGAAGGCGGAACUCAUAAACGUUUCAUCGUUCGCUCUAGGCACUCUCUUCCUCUCGUGUUUAUUUAGAGGAAAGAACCAUAACUUCUAAUCCAAGUAGACCUCGUUAAUACGAUAUAGACUUAGGCUCGUGUGUAUAAACCAGCGUAAACGAAUUUUUAAGACACUUUGGAAAAUAAAUUUUUUUUUUUCUUUUUUUUCCCCCCUCUCCCUCCCCCCCAUUCUUAUUUUUGUCUUCGAAGAAAUGUUUUUUUUUUCCAGUAUCGAACUCUCAUGUAUCAGCCAUGUAUCCAUUGUAUCCACCUUCUUUACUCGAUUAGCAAUAACGCAGGAUAUUCUUCGAGUCGAAAAUCCUCGCUAAAACAAAAAAAAUAUGGUAUCGUGACUCCUAAAGAAAAAGAGAAAAAUCUUAAAAAAGAAAAAAAAAUCGACGAUCGGUUUUAGUUGAGGAAAAAAAAUUUUCCCGAGAGUAGUUUCAUUCGUUGAUGUCGUAAACCCAGUUAGAAGCGAAAGAAUGUUUCCGGUGAGAGAAACGUGAAAAAAAAAAAAAAAAAAAAAGAUACUAAUUGCUACCUUUUUAGUCCACUAUUUAAGAAGUUAAGUUAAGAAAUCACGCACGAUGGUCGGAGUAUUGUGCCAAUUAGACCGCGUGUCGAAGAGGACGUGAAAUGUGCCAAAAUAUUUGAAGAAAAGGAAAGAGAAGAAAAAAGAGACGGAAAGUGAGAGGGCAAAGGGGAAAAAGGAAAAGAAGAAACAUUUGGGAAACACGCUCAACGGCACUUUCGUGUAUCUGUCGUUAUAUUAAUUCUGUAAAUAUUUGUGCACUUGUAUAGAACAAAAAAGAUGAAUGAAUAAGAAGUUAUUAUCGUUAU